AUUGAAGAUGGUGGCGGUGUGUCAGACUCACUGUCCUGCACAUUUGUAAGAAUUUAUUUAUUUGUGUACACAUUUCCGACAUCGGCUUUGCCUGACUUCAGUCCCUUCAGUGACAUCUACUAGAGUGACCUGGUCUUCGGACCUGUUAGCUCUGCAGUCAUGCAGCCCCCUCCUCGGACUGGACCUUCAGGUGCCUCUGGCCCACCUCCUUCUGGGCCCAAUAUGUUCCGCAGGACCAGGCCUCACAAGCAUACAGCAGCAGCUACUGCCACAAUGCCACCUGCUACUCAACCCAUGAUGGACCCUUUUGCUUUUGUUAGAGCUCCUCCCCCUAUGGCUGCAGGUGGUCUCCCAACAAUAUCCAACAGCAACCCUCCACCAAUGCAAGCCCCACCUAACACCAUGUACUCUCAAGCUGGCUCAGGGCUGCCUCCACAACCACAGACACUGGAAGAUGUCCCAGCUGCUCCCCCUGGUCUCCCACCAUCCUCUCUACCAGGGGUGACACUGUUCAACCCUCACAGUACAGCAUCCCCUGGUGUUUACCCAGCACCUGGUCCCGCAGGAUACGCAUCCUCACAUAGUGAACAGGGCUAUUUUAAUUCAACAGAACAGACCCCCUCCAUGGCCACAGAAUCACCACCUGUGGCCUCAGCCCCAGCACCGGGUCAGGCACUGUUUAACCAGGAAUUUCAAGGACAGCCUCCUCCUCAGCCUGUGCCCUUCCAGCCUGUGCCUCCCACCACCUCCUAUUCUCAGUGGGCCCCUGAUAACGGAAGUCGCCCUCCAUCAGUUCAGAACUAUUUCCAGCCUACUAGUGACCCUCUGCCACAGCCUUUUAAUUUACCUCCGCAGCCCCAGAUGUACCCCUCCCAUACCCCAUCACCCCAUCACAACACCCCCACCCCUCCAACACAACCUGGACAUCACCAGAUUCAAGCUCCUCUUCCUCCCCAGAACCCUGCAAAUGUCCCCAGUUCUCAAUGGGCUGACCCAAAUGCACCCCAGCAGCAUAAUUCCCACUUCCAAACUCAGAGCUACUUCAGUCAGAGCUCUGCCCCCCACGAGGCAUGGUUCAACAUACCUCCACAAGACUCAGGCUACCACCAAAUGGGGACUGGCCUGGCCCAUCCUCAGCCCCAGCCUGACUCUGCUGGAUCUCAACACGUGUCCAACACUGGGCCUAGGCCUAGUUCUGCCCCUGCCCCUGCCCCAGCCCCAGUCUCAGUACCAUACUCUCAGGAGUCUGGUGCACUCUCAAUGUUCUUCAAAGACAAUGAUGUGGAAAAUGAAGAAACACUGGCUGGAGAGAGAAAUAAAGCAGUGAAUGGUAUUCCUGGAUCCUUUCAGCAUCCCAGCAACCCGCAAGCCCACAGUGGCAAUGCAGAUGUUCCUUUGGAUUACCAAGGACCUUCUCUGCAAGAUCAUUCACACCUGCCAUACAUGAAUGAUAACAACCAUGCACCACAGGAAAGUAUCCAGAAUGCCCCUGAUUCCCAGUAUGACCAUGUGGAGAAUUUGGAGUGUGUCCCGAACCAGGAAGUAUUACCCAGUGAAAUCCAUGGCAGCCCUGCUGCUGCUGCAGCCCAUGGAGUAGACCAGUUUGAAACGGGGCCUAACCUGGAGACUCCAGAUUCAAUUCCAAGACCAAUUAGAUCAGCCAGUGUGUCCUCCAACUAUAGUAAUAUGAGCCAUGGAAGUGGAAGUGGCCCUCGUCGGCAUCAGGGAGUAGUAAGUACCUUUAUUCAGCAGGAAAGUCCACGUCUCACUGAUGAUCCUAACCUGUCUGCUGUAGCUGGAGGCUACUUUGAGCAGAUUGACACUUCUCCAGCUGGGGAUAUGGGUGCGCAGCAGAGUUCCCUGGAGCAGAUGUGGCCUUCCACACCUAGCCCUCCCAAACCAACUGGUAUCUUUCAGGCCAGUGCUAACAGCUCUUUUGAGCCUGUGCGCUCACAUGGGGUUGGGGUGCGUCCUGCUGAAGUUGAUAGGGCUAAAAUGGUAGCAGAAGGGGGCGCAGAUUCUACACCUGGCAACCUGGAGCAGCCACCAGAUAAUAUGGAAAAUAUUUUUGGCCCAGGACACCCCCUGCCUGCCGGGGCUGCAGGUGGUGUUCCUCAUCUGCCACACCCAGUGGUUCAUACUCACUCUCGACCUUCAUCCCGUGCUUUUGGGGCCAGUCGGCCCUGCGAGAGCCCUGCCACUACUCUGUGGGCUCAGCAUGAUCCUGCGAGCUUGGGCGCUAACAUCCUUCUAGCCCCUGCUGCCCCGACAGUUCUUGCUCCUUUACGAGAGCCCAGUGCUGAUGUGAUCCAACCUCCAGAGGAUGGCCCACUGGAUCUGCAGCCCUCCCAGAGAAUCCAGCCAACUUCACAGCAACACUCUGAGAACCUAGAGAACCCACCAAAGGUGAGUGAGGCAGAGCCAAUUGACCCUCAAGGCAACCUGGGCUAUGCAUCUCUCCUUGUGUCCGACUCGCUACACCAGCCAGUUUUAAUUGCCCCGCCAGUUUCCAAUUACAGUGUGAAUCCUCACAGUGCCCCUGCUCAACCACCCACUCAAAGUAGCCUUAGGGAAACUACCCCCCCUGUAAGACUACUUGCACAGGGACAUGGUGCCAGUACCUCCCAACCACCUUCAGUAACCUCUAAUCAGAAUCCAGUGUUUGCUCCUGGACCUAUAAGCUUCAAUCCUUCAGCCUCUAACCAGGGCCCGCUCAAUCUGACCCGAGACAACAUAGAAGCGGCAACAUCAGACAUCACAGCUCCGCUGCAGUCUCAGACAGUCCGCCCUCCUCUUUCAAGGGGCCAAUCACUGGGUGGAGACAGCCACUCUGCUCUCCAAGUUAAUUCACAAGCUUCUCUCGUGACUGCUCCUCUCUCUAAUCAUAAUCAGCCAUCAAAUUAUGAACUGCUUGAUUAUUCUAUGCACCAAUCACAAGCUCAAAUCCAAGCAUCUGGCCAUCCUUCCUCUCUACAUGAGUCUCCACAGCCUAGUAAUGGAUUUUACCUACAGGUCACCAAAGACGCUCAGCAGGGGGUAAGAGCGAGAGGGAAUGUGCCUGUCCAGACCCUGGACUCUUCAUCUACCCCACAGGUACCACCAGCACCCUCCCAAGCAGCUGCAAACAUCCAGCCGCCACAAGCUGAACCUCCUAAGACAUCAGAUUCUCAGAAUGCACUGCCGGGACAAAAUUAUGCUUCUCUUGUUCCGGUGAGUGGACCACAACCCUCCCGUGACCAGUAUCCACCUCCAGCACAGGGGCCUGCUGCAAGGAGUGCUCCUCCUCCCGCUGCAUACCCUCCAGGGCCUCAAGGACCAGUACCUCCAGGAGCUUCCCAGCCAGCUCCUGCAGAGCCACCUCGACCACCUUCUUCUGCAGGCAGCCAGCAAGGCUUUGGGCCCCCUCCUCCGGUGCCAGGGCAGAUGUAUGGUGGCUAUUAUGGUAAUUAUGGAGAAUACCCGGAUGGCAGAGCACCUUAUCCUCCUGGCCAGUACCCACCUCCACCUGGGGACCCUAGAGCACAGCAAUAUUAUCAAGAUGGUUCAUACAGGGGCAGAGCAGAUCCUUGGUAUGGCAGAUAUGAAGGACAGACCCCAGCGUAUCGUGAUCCAAACUACCAGUACAGAGAGCCUCAGCCAGAACGACCAAGCUCCAGGGCUAGUCAGUACUCUGACAGGCCCUCAUCCAGGCAAGGCUAUCCUGAUGAUUACCACAGAGCAAACCAAAGUGCCUAUAAUGAAUAUUAUCCAGAUUAUGCCAAGCACUAUUAUUAUCCAGGCUAUAACUAUGGACAGUAUGACCCGCGGUACGGAGGAUACUAUGAUCAGUCCUACUGGGCUAAUUAUGACUACUAUAAUCCACAAACGUAUCCUGCCAGGAAAGAGGGCUAUGAUGAUCAGUGGCGGUACUAUCCUGGUUAUGAUGCCAGUUUUGAUGAUGAUAUCCGUCGACGUGGAGAGCCGUACGCUGAUGAGUUUGACCGACGCAGUGUCCACAGUGAGCAGUCGGCACAUAGCGUGCACAGCUCUCAGAGCCACAACAGCAGGCGAAGCAGCUUCAGCUCACGGUCACAACAGAGCCAGGUAUACAGAAGCCAGCCUGACUUGGUAUCAGCAGUCUAUGACACCACGUCAUCAACUUUGGCUGUGGACUACACAAACCAGACUGAUGCUACCCAGAACUACAGCCAGUUCUACCCCUAUUCCUCUGAGUACAACAGAGACAGCACCUGGAUCGCCCCUGAUCAACCGCCUCCUCGUCCAGCAACUCCAGAGAAGUUCUUCAGGCCCCACCGUUGUGCACGCUUUGGACCUUGUGGUCAUCUGAUCCAAGUUCUUCCCAAUCUCCCCUCAGAUGGACAGCCUGCUCUCGUUGAUAUCCACAACAUGGAGACCAUGCUGCAGGAUACCCCAGAACAGGCAGAACUACGAGCUUUCCCUGGACCUCUUGUUAGAGAGGAGACCCAUAAGGUGGACGUGAUAAAGUUCUCCCAGAACAAAGCGCUAGAGUGUUCCCGUGACAACAACCUCUUGGACAAGGACUCUGCCCGCCUGCUCUGGGAAUUCAUUAUGCUGCUCUGUAGACAGAACGGGACUGUGGUCGGCACGGACAUCGCUGACCUCCUGAUGAAGGAGCAUCGCUCUGUCUGGCUACCGGGCAAAAGUCCUAAUGAAGCCAACUUAAUUGAUUUUAACAAUGAACCGCUGGCACGAGCUGAGGAAGAGCCAGGAGCUGGACCACUGUCCCUCCUAUCUGACACCUUCAUGACUGUCCCAGAGAACCUUGGCAAGGAAACCGAACGCUUCAGAGAGCUGCUACUGUUUGGCCGCAAGAAGGAUGCGCUAGAAGCAGCUAUGAAGGGAGGUCUCUGGGGCCACGCCCUGCUGUUGGCUAGUAAGAUGGACAACAGGACACAUGCACGUGUCAUGACAAGGUUUGCCAACAGUUUGCCCAUCAAUGACCCUCUCCAGACAGUGUACCAGCUGAUGUCGGGGAGGAUGCCUGCAUCAGCCACUUGCUGCGGAGAGGAGAAGUGGGGUGACUGGCGCCCUCACCUGGCCAUGGUGCUGUCUAACCUCACACACACUCUGGACCUGGAUACUCGCACAAUCACCACCAUGGGUGACACUCUCGCUUCCAAGGGGCUGAUUGAUGCUGCACAUUUCUGCUACUUGAUGGCCCAAGUUGGUCUGGGAGUGUACACAAAGAAGAGUACCAAGAUGGUUCUGAUUGGCUCCAACCAUAGUUUGCCAUUUUACCAAUGUGCGACAAAUGAAGCUAUCCAGAGGACUGAGGCCUAUGAGUAUGCUCAAUCUCUGGGCUCCCAGCCAUGCUCACUACCCAAUUUCCAGGUGUUCAAGUUGAUCUAUGCAUGCCGUUUGGCUGAAGUAGGCCUCAGUGCUCAGGCCUUCCACUACUGUGAAGUUAUUUCUAAGAAUGUCCUCAUGCAGCCAUCCUAUUACUCUCCUAUUUUCAUAAGCCAAAUUAUACAGAUGUCGGAAAAGCUGAGAUUCUUUGAUCCACAACUGAAGGAGAAGCCAGAGCAGGAGUUGUUUAAUGAGCCUGAAUGGCUGACCCACCUCAGACAGCUGGAUGGACAGAUGAGGACGGGGGUGAUUACAUACAAUGAAGACAGAGCAACUCCUUCACAGUUUGACUGCAGCAGCCCCAGCUCUGACUUGGACCAGCCCAGAUCACCUGAACCUUACAGCAUGCCUGUGGAGUUGGAUGGCCCCACCCCUGACAACCCACUAAUGAGCUCAUUACUGCCCGGGUCUGCGCCGCAGGGAGUACAGCUGAUGCCUCCAGCUCCCACCUCUAUCCUCCAAGAUGGGAUGGCCCCUUCUCAGCCUUUAAGCUCCAAUGAUGUGCCCCAGUUCUACCCAGUACCCCCCAGGGGACCACCCUGUCAGAUGCCCAUCUCAGGCUACCCUCCUCAGGAUCCUGGUUUCGCCCCUCCUCCCUUCCAACAUCAACUUGAGCAGACAGAGAUGUACCAAGGAGCCCAUCAGCAGCCGUGUCCCCCACCUUCUCAAGUGGGUCAAAUGUCACCACAAAUGCCCCCUCUUCAGGGGCCACAUUCACCUGCACAGUUGAACUACCCACCAUCCCAGAUGUGCCAGCACAUGCCCCCUUCUCCCGGGCACAUGCCAUUUGGAGAUCGCGUGUCCCACGCCCCACCAGAGAUGCACCCUGCACAACCAAUAUCAUCCUCCCCAACCAGGAGCUCCUUCACACCACAGAUGGACUUGUAUGACCAAAUGGCUAACAUGGGUCCUGGAAGGAGAACAAGGACUGCUUCGCAAUCUUCAAUGAAUAUGGCUUCAGGUCGUCGCUCUCGCACCACCUCUGAAUCCUCCACUCACUCUGGCGGAAGAGAGAGGAGCAACUCAGCUGUCAAGCAGGCCUCUCCACCUCCACCUUCAAUUCCUGAACAGCCCUGCAUAGAAGAGGCCAAGAAAGUCAAGAAAGACUCCCCGAAAAAGGGUGGUGGUGGUGGUGGAGUUGGUGGCUGGAUAACGCGGAUCUGGAAGGGGAAGAAUGAGGCUCACUUGCCAGAUGACAAAAACAAAUCUAUUGUGUGGGAUGAAAAGAAGCAGAGAUGGGUCGACUUGAACGAGCCUGAAGAGGAGAGUAAGCCCCUUCCACCACCUCCUCCUGGUCCUGGCUUCCCCAAGAUGCCUCAGAUACCUGUCCCUGGAGGGCUCGCUGGACUCCAGGGUAGUGGUCCUCCUGUCAACAUGUUCUCCAGGAGGGCAGGCACGAAGGGCAGAUAUGUGGAUGUUCUGAACCCCAGUAGAAUUGCUAAACCGAGCGGGUCAGCCCCUGCUCCUGCAGACGUCUUCGCUCCUUUGGCACCAAUGCCCAUGACCAGUAACCUAUUUGUGCCUAGUUCAGCUCCCGACGAUCAACAACCUUUAGAGGCCAGUGAAGGAGGAAAUCAGGAGCAGAAUUCACCAAAUACCAGCGCUGCUCCACAGAUGUUCAACCCAACGUUGUUACCACCUGCCCCAGAAGGUGCUCCCGUGCCUGAUGGCUCACACUCUGGGGAGCUCUCGCGUUCUAGCUCAAUGAGUUCUUUAUCACGCGAAGUGAGUCAGCAUUUAAACCAGAGUCUACCUGCCCAGGCAACUGCACCCGCUGGAGGCGUCACCUUUUAUAACCCUGCACAGUUUGCACAAACGAGUGCACCAUCGGGAGGUGGACACCGCCCCGGACGUUUGGGCGGUCAGCGCCAGUACCCGGUGUUGAAAUAAACAUCAUCUUGCAGAGAGAUUGUGUAAACAGACUUGUUGGAUAGAGUGAUAUCCUACCUGGACAUGGACAUACUGCUCUAUGCUUAAAGGACCCUUCUUUUUGCCUGCACCUAAGAAGGGCAUAAUCCCAGUCUCCAUCAUGUCAAUCUUUGUCUCACAGCUUAACCACUCUUUCAUCUUUUUUCUUCGGUUCAGCAGUUGUCACUGGUGUAUUUUUUUACAGGCACGGUGUUUUCUUGAAGGGCUUUUUCCUGCAUCUAAACAGAAAACAGACAGUUGUGUAAUGUGUUUUAAAACACACUUAAAAGAUUUAUCCAUGGAUGCAUUCAUAGACAAAACUGUAUGUUCAUGUACAAUAAAUAUGUUGCUAGUCUAAGCUGUCCAGCUUCCCCUUAAAUCUAACACUUAACAGAAUGAUCAUCCCAGAUCCUGUUUUAGAUUUCCCUUUGUGUCUAAAGUCCAAAUGUUUGAUUGAUUGAGUGAUUGAUUGUAUGUGUGAUGGAUAGAAAGUGGCAUCUUUUUAAUUUCCUAUUAUGGACUUUGCUUUUCAGCUCUUCCGUGUUAGUCUGUCAGCUGUAGCUGGCAUGUAGUGUGAGAAUGAAUUGUGUCAAUAGUGCACGGUCUGCUGUGUUGUUGGCUUUUUCUCAGUCGCCCUCCGGUUAAGGAAAGAUGUUGGAUGACACAGAAAAGAGACUCGUACUGGCUUCACAACCUGAGAGUUGGGAGAAAGUCUGCAGUGUUAGGAUGUUGCUCGUUUCAGAUAUUUAUUUAAAUGUCCUCCUGUCCAUUAACAACUCCUGACUUUAAAAGAUGUGUCAGGGUCUUUCGUCCAAGUUAGGCUUCAGUUUCUCUUCUGAGAAAUUUGACAAUAUCACUGAAACGAGGGGUGGUCUUCAGAACAACAGGAAUUGGGAUUAAAACGUAAAAUGUUAAAUAUCGCUAAAAAUAAAUCUAUCCAAAUAUUUGUAUAUCAGAUUGAUUGUAUUUAUGAGAUGUAGGCAUAAAGGUGUGUGUGUGUGUGUGUGUGUGUGUGUGUGUGAAAAGCAACUCCUUUUUUUCUGAUUAGCUUUGAAUAAAUGCAUUUAUGAUUCACUAGAGAUGAUGUGGAUUCAUAUUUUAAUCGUUUGUAUUGGCCGCUUCUGCAGACAAAUAAAUCUUUAUCUAAAUUGUGAAAUGAGAAUGAGUACUCUAAAUACUUCCUUGUCAUUUUAAUUCACUGAUGUGAUUUUUAACGCAAUCAUUUGUGGCCCAACUGUUUCCGAUUAAAUGAUUUUGUAGGCAUCCGGUUAUGAUUUUAAAAGGUCCCCUUUUGUUUCAGAGAAGGAAUUGUUUUCCCCAAUGUUUUAGAAUUCCUCAUGUAAAAUUCUUGACAUAAAACGGUGAACACAAGAUGUGAAAACAAAAUGGUAAUAAACUUAUUUUUUGCGCUCUGUAGCACUUUGAAA